AGAAAUCCACAAGCAGUGGUUGAAAUUUGGAGUUAAUAAGCCAAUAUCUCCUUCAUUGAGGUGGGGGGGAAUACACAAGCACUGCGAGGGAACCCAUUUGGACUUGAGAGAGAGAGGAGAGGGGGGUAAGUGCUCUCAAAGCAGGAGCAUUUUUUUGAUGAUGACCAUGACUACGAUGGCGGACGGUCUGGAAGCUCAGGACUCGUCCAAGUCCGCCUUCAUGGAGUUUCAUGGUCAGCAGUCUCAUUCCCAGCAGAGCUCCCCGUCCAUGGCCGGUGGACACUACCCGCUCCACUGCCUCCACUCGGGCUCCCACUCGCACCACCAGCACGACAGCUCGCCGUACUCGGGUUCGAGUUCCUACAACAGAGCGCUGCCCUACUCCUACAUGGGCCACUCGCACCACAGCCCGUACCUCUCCUCGUACCACAGUAACAGCACGGCCAGCCAGACACGCUUGGACGGCACAGAGCAGCAGAAAACGACAGUGAUUGAAAACGGAGAGAUUCGGUUUAACGGGAAGGGAAAGAAGAUUCGCAAACCUCGGACCAUUUAUUCCAGUUUGCAGCUACAAGCGUUAAACCACCGCUUCCAGCAAACCCAGUACCUCGCCUUGCCAGAGAGAGCCGAGCUCGCAGCUUCUCUGGGACUCACACAGACACAGGUAAAGAUCUGGUUUCAGAACAAAAGGUCGAAAUUUAAGAAGCUUUUGAAACAAGGCAGUAACCCUCAUGAGAGUGAUGCUCUACCCGGCUCCAUCGCCCUGUCCCCCCGCUCCCCAGCAAUGCCCCCGAUAUGGGAUGUUUCUGCCACCACUAAAGGAGUAAACAUGCCAGCCAACAACUACAUGCCUGGAUAUUCUCACUGGUAUUCUUCACCUCAUCAAGACACCAUGCAGAGAUAGGUUUCCGUGGGAAAAUGAACGUGUGGGCCGAAGGCCUGGACCCACAGAGAGAACCCAGUUUUACCUGUACAGUUGCUUGACUGAUUGAUCGAUUGAUUGCUUGA